AUCGCGCACGCGCGCCACUGUGAAAAGGCGCCCUGUCUGAAUUUUCAUAUGCACGGAUCCAGAUGAGAUAUUUCUGAUCAUGUCCAAGAUAUUACAGUUGUCCAGACAAGGCAACGUGGCCAACGUGGAGAAAUACCUGAAAGGACUUCAGCCAGAUGCACUGUCACUUGAAUUCAGACAGACGGUGCUCUCUGGUAAGAGUGGGGAUGCAGCGUCUUUCCUCCAGGCCGUGUUUCAGGGCUCACCGGUCGAAUCGGAUAAAGGAGAUUCAUGCCGAGUCCUGCUCUGCAAGAGCGCCCUCAAGGUCCUGGGUGGCCAAGAAGUGAGCAGCAAGAUGGCGUCAGAGAUCAUCGGCUAUCUACUGAUAGAGAUUGGCAACUUUCCAGUGUCAUGCUUGGUUGAGAUAGCAGACAUGUUCAUGGAUGCCGUUAAAUCAAAGGAUAUCAGAAAUGGCAGAGCAUUUGAACUGCUCCCCAAAGUGAUCUCCACACUGGCUGCCAUGGAAACAGUUACCAAGGACUCCAACAGGAUGUCGGGUCAAGAGUUCAAAGAUCAUCUCCUGAACAACUUCUGCUCAUGCAGGUGGGAAUCUCAGUGUGCUAUUCACCUUGCAUCAGUUUUCAGAGAGAUACCCCUAAGCAGUGACCAGCUCCAAUUCGUCAUCAACAAGCUGCUGAGGGUUCUGAAGCAUGUGGACCUGCAGGAGCUCCCGCCCUUGGUGUACCAGCUACUUCUGCUGUCCUCCAAAGGCCACAAGAAGAUCGUCCUGGAGGGACUCACCGGAUUCUUUGCAGAACAGGACAGACGGCUGCAGGAGAGACAGGGCAAGGAGAAUGGGGAAGAGUUGGUGUCUUCCAGCUUCUCGAAAGAACUCCUCCGUCACACCGAGGGGACGAUUAUCAUCCACAUCACAUUUUCCAUCAAACAGGACCAGGAGCUAGGCAGAGAGUUCAUCAAGUUUCUCAAGAGUGGACAGCAGAGAGACUGCAGCACCGUGUUGGCCCCGUUCAAUGUAGCUCUAGCUCUGUCUGUAGCUCAGAUCCACAGAUUUGAAGAACAGAUCUUUGACUUUCUAAAGUCUACCAUCUUGAAGAGUCUCAAAGAUGCCAAAAGACAGAAAGAUUCCCCAUGGAUUGCAGAUAUCGUACCAGCUGGAAGCAAUGUCCUCAAGCUUCUCUUGGAAACAGUUGAAAACAGUAUGUAUGGGUGGGAUCAUGUGAUCCAUGGACUGGUCAUGCUGGGUUUCACGCUCAUGGACUCGUUUGGACCAAAACCAGGACCGUUCGGUGGUAAGGCACUAGAGGGGGGACCUGGUACUCCAUCCACCCCCAACCAGCAGGCCAGUCAGCUAGGGAGAGACAUCCUUCUCAAUCUCUUCAAGUCACAAGAUGGGAUCCGAUCCAGUAUCCUGGAGCAGAUCCUCAACCGGGUGGUCACCAGGACGGCAGGCUCCGUCUCUCAGUACAUCAAGCUACUUUCCAGCAUGGUGACCUCUGCGCCCCAGACUGUCCUAGACUGCAUGGGUAAGGUGCGAGAGGCCUUUGACUACCUGACCUACCUGCCUGCAUCCACUGCAGAGGGUCUCCUGAAGGCCUUCCAGCCCCUGAUGAGACUCAACGUGACACUCAAGGAUUCUCUAAUGCUGGUCCUCCGUAAGGCCAUGUUUUCCAGGCAAGGAGAAGCCAGGAAGAUUGCUGUUCUUGGGUACCUCCAGAUCUUGAAGCAUUUCCGAGUGUUUGGUAGUCUUCCCAUGAGUCAAACCAGUCAGGGCUACAGCAUGGCAUCUACAUCUAGUCAGAUCCAAGUGGACAUCCAUGGAGGUAGCAACCAAGCUAGUAACUAUGAAGCUAUUGUAUGCAUGGAGAUUCUUGGGAAUCUGAGGAGGUGCCUCACUCAACAGGCUGAUAUAAGACUUGUUCUCUAUGAGGGCCUCUAUGAAGUGUUAUGUCGUAACACCAAACUUCAGGGAGCGAUCACAGACAUGCUCCAACGUCAGUUCAAGGCUUUUUACGAGGCUGACGAAGACGUCCAACCCCCACUCAAACUUCAGCCCUGUAUCACAGCGCAGGGUACCAAUGUCUUCCUGGCCGAGCCUUUGGCACAUUUGCUCCAGAGCCUCGUCCAGUGCCUAACAAGAUGCAAGACGCUGGCAUCAUCCAAGCGACGAGACGGGGAGGACUGGGACGAGGAACCUUGCGACGAGGAUGAUGAUGUCGACAAGGAGGAGGUUCUUCAGAGACUGGAGAGCAUGAUGGAGUCCCUGACGGAUAGAAUGGUGGCCUGUGAGCUGGAGGACUUUCAUGUGGACAAGUCAGCAGACUUCUCGACCACCAGCGGAGUGGGUGUGAGGAACAACCUGUUUGCGAUCCUCCUACUGGGCAUCCAUGAGGUCCUGAUGGAGUAUGUCUUCACAACGUCCAAAGCAUCACAAUUCAAGAUUGACGACAUGAACAAGCUGUUACCCCUUUAUAAGAAGUAUCAUCAGAUUGCAGAUAUCUUGAGAGAGAAGAGUAGCAAGGGGAAAGGGGGAGGCACUAAAUCACCCAAGAGUUUGCUCUCCAUGGCGGGUCUGGCUAAUAUAUGUGCUGCCCUCUACAGUGAUGAGAUGCCCUCCCAUCAGGAGGGUCUAGAUCUCCUCAGAGAGAAUACAAACUUCUGUCGCUACGUGGUCAGCACCGCCGUGCAGAAACUAGAGCAGAUGAAGGAGAAGGGACAGUGUGACGGACCCCAGGGCACACACCCUGACAAACUCUACCAACACUGCUGUACCAUUGCAAGGGUGUUUUUCCAGAAAUUCUCAUCAGGUCUCGUAACAGCAGAAGACAGAUCAAAGAAGAACAAAUCGGUGAUGCCCCUAUGCCUGCAAGGCCUCUCUACAGCAUUGAGCGUGGUGACCACUUUCUACCCCGACAAGCUGGUAGACUUCCUACACUGUGUGGAUCCCUUGACGGACGGAGAUGGGGGCGAUGAACCAGUCUGUGUGGAUGAGCAGGACGUACAGGAGAGAGUGCAUCUCCACAUGAAGAAAUACCAGAGGAUGGUGAUAGAUGUACUGACUGGAGGAGAGGAUUCUUCUUCUACCACCAAGGAUGCCAUCCAUCUCUGUCACAUCAUGGAGAUGCUCAUUAAGCAUCUAAAUCCUCAAGGAACACAGUUCACCCAAGUCCAAUCAUGGAUCUCUAAAGUUUCCACAGAGAACAGUAUAGAGGAUACUGGUCUAUGCAGGGUUGUCAUGACGAUGCUCUUCACCCUGACCUCCAAGAUGACCUGUCCAGUCAGUCUCCUGAGGGAUGUCGCAGAGGACAUCCACUCCCAGGUCGGAGACAUUGAUCCGGAAGUUGAGGUAGAGGACCGGACCCACAAUGCAGCUGUCAACUCUAAAACGGCCACGCCCACAGUGCUGUUGCUAUGGAUGCAGCAGGCAGAUCAUGUUUUAGAUGAUACAGAGUGGCUGGUAGUGAGACUAAGGGCUGAAAGCCAAGCAGCACAAAUUGAUGUAAUAGAUGCAGCACAGCCGCUAGCCACACAGCGUGAAGACACGGAGAAGGCCAUAUGUAACCAGCUUGGUAUGUUGGUUACCGGCUUCCAUGAGCUGGUUCAGACCUCCCUCCCUGCAGGUCCUUGCAUUGACGCCCUCCUCAAGUCACUCAAUCGAGUCUACGGGGUGCUCACUCUCCUCUGUAAAUUUUAUCUUGCCAUGUACACCCAGAAGUCUGGUCAGAUGUCUGGUCGCUUUGAGAAGCUUGUCAAACUCACUGGAACUCAUCUUACGCACCCAGUCUAUGGCCUAAUAACAUAUGUACAGCAAACUCAAACAGAGAAGUUGAGCAACCUGUUAACCGGGGGCAAGGCUAGUAAGGGGAAGGACAAGAAGAAGGGUGACAAGGGGCUGGUAGCCGCAGCAGUGACGGCAGGCAAGGCUAGGGUCGUGAUGAGAGAGACCAGACCCAUUCCGAAUCUCAUCUUUGCUAUCGAGCAGUAUGAGAGCUUCCUCAUCAAACUCUCAAAGAAAACCAAGGUGAACUUGCUUGCUGACUUCAAGCUGAGCACAUCUCGUGAUUUCCGCAUCAACACAGCCCUGGUCCAGGCUAACCUAGCAGAGCAGGCAUCGGGAUCAGAAGAGGAGAUGUCAGACUCUGAUGUGAUGGGGCAUGAUGAUGAUGAUGAUGGCGGAGAAGAAGAAGUGAUGGAGGUGGGAGAUGGAGAGGGGGAAGAAGAGGGAGACAAGGAGAACCAAAGCGAACCAGCUGCAAAGAGAAGGAAGAGCACCCUCUCAAGGAGAUAGAGAGAAGGAAAGAAAUGACGUUGGAACCCCCCC